UCAAGGUGUAGUGUAUCAUUUCAGUGUCAAUGCUAAGAAUACGCUAUAGUUUUCAACUGAAAACUAUAUAAAGGUCUUUAGUCUUAUCAUUUUCAAUAAGAAGAGAACAUGGAAGACAGUUUUGUCAAUGAAGUUUUGGACUUGCAUAAAAGAGGAGAUUGGAAGACUAUAACGCGAAAGUAUCAUGAUUAUCCAGAGAAAAAUAAGUUGUUAUGGGUGUAUCCAAGUGAAGAAAACUUUGAAUUUAUUAAAUGUAAAUUGUUAGAACUUAAUUGUAGCAAAAUAUUGAGCGUUGGCUGUGGAAGUGGCCUGUUGGAGUGGAUGAUUGAUCGUGCUACGGGCAUCUCAGUUUCUGGAAUUGAAGUAGAUGGUACAUGGUGGAAAUGUAGAUACGCCCCGCCCACAUUUAUCGAUCUCCUUAUCACAUCUCCUGUGUUAGAGAAAGACACCAAUACAAUUGAGGCUUUGAAAAAUUGUUAUAACACUGCCUUACUAUUCUGCUAUUUUAAUGAUGGAUAUGCGUUUAGCAAUUACUUGGAACAUUUUUCUGGUAACGUUCUGAUUAUAAUUGGCCCUGAUAAGGAUGGAGUACAUACAAAUCCGAAACCAUUUGAAGAUAUAAAUGACGAAUGGAAAUUAUAUGCAGCACAGGAGGUUCGUGAUAGUAAAGAUUUCAUCGCUAUAUAUUGUAAAAAUAAAAUAUAA